AUGCCACUCCCUGAUUUCUUAUUGAAGCGACGAUUUGUCCGGCAGAACCGCGAGAUUGCUCGUGUCAAUUCAAUACAGUCCCUUCGUAUUCGCACUCUUGAAUCUGAGGUUUCCAAUCUGCUCGCCGAGAAUGUUUCCCUGCGGGAGCAGGUCAUAAUGCUGAGUCAAGAGUUGGAGAGGUUUGAAGCGGCCAAAUCGCUCCACAAUGGUGUCUAUGAUAUCAAAACGAGACUAGACGACAAAUUAGCAGAGUUGAGCAAUCUUGUGAACGAGUUGGGCACUUUGCCACGCAGGUUGGGCAAGUCCUGUGACGACAGAUCGGGCGCCGGAAGUUUGGGGCAACUCAAACCGUCGAUGUUUGAAUCCACAUACAGGAAACCUGACCCUGAGAUCAACUUGGUGUCUGAGGAACAGGGAGGUCUGCCGGUAAUUCUCGAAGACAAAUGCUACCCGCGAGAAACCCUUGAGUCGCAGGAAAUACGACGCCUGGUCGAUUCUGAUCGUGAGAUCUGUACCGCUCCAGACACGGCAGAGGCGUCAUUUCCACUAUCGACAACCAAUGGUGGGGAGGCUAGCCCACAGGCUUCUAAGAAAGUCUUUGAAACUAUCAAAAUACUGGACGUUGAUGAGAGAUUGGACGGCCCUGCAUUAUUCUCAAACUUGGAUACAAGGAAGAGACAAAAGCCAGACCCUUCCACCUCGAAUGAGAUCCCACCAAUGUCGGGCCGGUCCUCGGUUACUGAGCUGGACGAGACAAUAUCUCCAAAGAGGGCUGGGCACAAGAGGAAAUUUGGUGCAGAUUGUGAAGACGAAUAUCUUUCGACUAGUACAGGUGACGAUUUCCAAUACAGUCGGCCGCGUCACUCAUCGCCCAAGAAAGUCGAAGGACGAGUGUCUACUCGUAAAAGGAAUUCACUACUGAGAGAGGACGCGCAGCUGAAGCGCGAUUCUAGUACCCCCAAAGCAACUCAACGCAAAGCUCUUGAACCAAAGAACGGCAACCUUAGUAUCACCUCCCCGGACGAACUCCCCCUUAUCGCAAUCCAUGAUGGAAUCCGCAAGAAAUCGCAAAGACAGAAAGGGCCUCUCAAUCCAGAAGAGCCCGGAGAAGAAUCAAUUUGCCAGCAACAGGGUAGCUUCGUUGGGAAUUUCUCCCGCCAAUGCUCGAAUGAAAAUGAGCGAGAAGAAACCAAUGCUCGCGAUAUAGUCGUACUUCCAGACAAGGAGGCACAGAAACCAGAACCAUUGUACCCUGCAAAAACUGUAUCUAUAUUUCAAAGUGGCUCUGGAACGACUUCUUCAUUAUUAAGCGCCCCCCCGUCACGCCCAACAAGACGUCAAAGAUCUGUCGUGAGCUAUGCGGAACCGAACCUAAGGGACAAAAUGCGUCGGCCCACAGACGAAUUUGUUCCCGCUGUCGGGGGGAAACGGCUGAGCAGGACAUCGAACACAGCUGCACUCCCCGAGCCUACAGAUGAGGGAUGUGUGGGAUUACAGACCGAUGUGAGCCAAGCUAAACAACUAGAGGGUUCGCCAGGAACCACCGGGGAACCUAUAUCACCAUUGGAAAAGUCUUCAGGUCGCUCAUCACGUUCUCCCAUACACAUGGUUUCUCUCAGAAGAAGGAAGAACACAUCGGCAAAGAAUGCGACCUCUGACGAAGAGGACCAUGAUACUCUACAAGCUGAGCUGUUAUCGGGCGCUAGUGGGAGACCAAACUGCUCCGUUGAAAACAGCAAGCCCGGAGGCUGCGAGGACCAGAAUACGAUCCGCGUUUCGGAUGCCGAGAGAAACAAUGAGCUCGACCCACAAUCUACAAGUGAUACUGACUUCUCGCAAAGACAUGUUGUUGCAAAAGAGUCGGGGCCAGCUCCUGGUAGAAGCAAACAACCUCGACGCCACUCCUCACAUCUUAGGACAUCCACCCAGAAUACCCGAUGCGAAUUAAGGACGGGUCUGCAUUUGACUCAGACGUUGUCGACAUCGGGUGCUUCUUCCGAAGUAUCGGCGGCAACAACGCCGGCUGAGAACGCCGGCACCGAUAGCCCAGUACUGAACGAAGAAUCCAGCUCAAAUUCAAAAGCGAUAGUUGGAGGACGGUUGAAACGUGGGCAGCGGGCAGUCGCUCGAAGAAAAAGUAUGAUGCUAUGA